AUGCCAGCCCCCGCCGCGGUGGUAGCGGCAGCCGGCGCCAGCCCGCUCGUGCCCGCCCCUCAGCCUGCGCCCGCCGAGCCAGUCGAGCUGUGCGCCCCCGGGGACACGGCCUGCGUGCAGCGUCUGGCAACCCCCGGGGCCGUGGCAUGCUGGGGCAGCCGCCACGCUUGGGGCCCCGCGCCCGCCGAACAACCCGCCGCCGCCCUCGCCGCCUCCACCGCCGACGACGGCUACGGCGGCUUGGCCCCCGCCCCCAGCGCCUCAUACCCCGAAGAUGACGGCAGCAGCGACGCAGCGACGGCGGCGGCAGUAGUGGCUAAUGCAUCAGUGCCCACGCCUCUUGGGUCCUCCCUUGUGUUCUCCACCAUCAGCGCUGAGGACAACUACGUGUGCGGGCUGACCAGCCGCGGCACCAUCGCCUGCUUUGGCAGCACCACCCCCAUGCUUCCUGAUGACCCCAAUUACCUGCCGCCCACUGAGCUGCCCUUUGAGGGCCCCUUCACAAAGCUGGCCACAGGAGCCACCUUUGCCUGCGGCCUGCUGGCCAACUUCUCGGCGGCAUGCUUCGGCCGCAUGGGCGACUGCCAGCUGUGGAGCGGGCCGGGCGGCAGUGAGGCGCGCCCCACGCCGCUGGUGGUGGGCGGCGGUCUCCAGUUUGUCGAGCUGGUGGCUGGGUCCGACCAUGUGUGCGGCGUGCUCUUCAACGGCUCCGCAGCCUGCUGGGGCUCCAACUCCGCCAACCAGCUGGGGGUGGAUAGCGCUGACGUGGCCACCUCCCUCACCCCCAUCGCCAUCGCCGACCCCUCCCUGGCAUUCGUCUCGCUGGCCGCCGCCGACACCGUCUCCUGCGGCACGCUCAUCAACGCCUCUGUGGCGUGCUGGGGGGGCUACACGGAUGCCAGCCAGUCGGAGCUGCUGCCGCCGCAGCCGCGGAUUGUGGGCGCCGACCAGAUCGCCUCGCUGGCGGCCCGCGGCAGCUCCAUGUGCGGCGUCACCCUGCAGGGGCAGGCCGGGUGUGCAGGCGUGGUGGGCAGCUACAUUGAUGCGCAGGGCUACCCCGAGACAGUGUUUUCGGAGCAGCCCACCCCAGUCCCCUCGCCGGCAAGCUUCACAACCAUCACCGUCGGCGGCUCGGGCUUUUACUUCCAUGCUUGUGGCUUGACGCUGGAAGGCGCCGCGCUGUGCUGGGGGCUGAACAACGAGGGGCAGCUGGGGGUACCGCCGUAUGAGGUGGCCAACAGUACCGCUGCAGUACCAGUAGCAACCGACAUCCGCUUUUCUGUGUUGAGCGCCGGGGGAGAUUACACCUGCGGUGUGGUGGCCUGA